AUGAGCUACAGCGGAGGCGGCAGCAGCAGCAGCUACGGAGACCAGCGCGGGGGAUACGGGGCACGGGGCAGUGGCGAGCACGGUCGGGGGUACGAGGACGGCAGUCGUCCCGACAGCAGCAGCAGCAACAGUCGAGGUUACACGGACCACCGGGGAGGAGGGUACAGUGGCGGGGUAGGGUACAGUGGCGACCGCAGUGCAGGGUACGUUGAGGAACGCGGGGUAGGGUACGAUCAGCGAGGGGGGUACGAUCGCAGUUCCCGGUCGUCCGGGGGGUACGACGAGUACCGUCAAGGGGGGUACGGGGUCUCAACAUCUGGAACCAGGGGGUACAACGCGCUUCCUCCAGGGGGUUACAGCAGUAGGGGGUACGACGACCGCAGCCGAGGUGAUUCGUAUGCCAGUCGGGGUUACGAGGCGUCGGCCUAUGACGAUCGCAGAGGACACGGCAGCUCGUCGUAUGCGUCGUAUGGCAGUAGUUCGGUAGGGUACGACAGCCGCGGGGGGUACGGUGCUGUAUCCUCUGGGGGGUACGAUCAAGCUCGCAGUGGGUACAGCGAUCGGGGAAGCUACAAAGGCGAGGAAGGCAGCUACGGCGCUGGAGGGAGCUCGCGUGGGUACGCUGGUGGUUACGAUGACCGUGGGUACGGAAGUGCAGCAGGCGGGGAUCGAGGUUACGGAAGCGCAGCAGGAGGUGAUCGGGGGUACGGAGGCGCAGCAGGAAGUGAUCGAGGGUACGGAGGUCGCAGUGAUCGCGGCUAUGGGGACGCCAGUGGUGGCAGCCGCAGUGAGCGCGGCUAUGGAGAUGCCAGUGGAGGAGUGAAAGACGAACGGGGGUACAGCGGUAGUACUGAUCGGGGGUACGGCGGUGCUGUAGACCGUAGAGGAGAUCGAGGAGGAGACCGCGGAGGAGACCGCGGAGCAGACCGUGGGUAUGGACGCCGUAGUAGUGCUUCGGGUGACGACCGCCGUGGAGGAGAUCGUGGGGCAGGUGAUCGUGGGACAGGUGAUCGUGGGACAGGUGAUCGUGGUUAUGGGAAUGGUGGCCGAGGCGGCGGCCGCUUUGGUGGUGGAGGGGGUCGCGGUGGUGGACGCGGCGAGUCUGGCCCUGGUGUGGGCACGGUGAGUGGCUCCGGGUACGAAACAAUUGGCGAUGCUGUGGCUGAUCCUCGUCUUGAGGACAGCUGGAGUGGCCGUGCUGGAGUGCGUGAGGUCAGUGCUGAGGACCCGGAUCUGCAGCAGGAAUUUCUCAUUUGUCGACGCCCGGGUUUCGCCACAGGUGGCAAGUCAGUCCAGCUGCAGGUAAACUACUUUGGUGUGUCGUUGGAGUCAACUCCAGCUGAGAUUUUCAAGUACCACGUGGAUGUUGAGCGCUCCCCUGACCAGGUGGCGGAUUCGAAGUAUGGUCCGUCCGACAAUGAUGCAGAGAAAACUGAGACUUCGGGGGAGAAGCCCAAGCUAGACAGUAAGGAUGUGAAGGACGGCGACAACAACAAAGACGUUGAAAUGAGCGAUGCCUCAGCGCCUCCUAAGCGUGAGGAGCGACCUCUCCCGCGUUCUUUAGUGCGAAACGUGAUUAAUGCUGCCCUGAGGCAGUAUGAGGCUGAAUUUGGAGGAGUUCGUGUCGUUCACGACGGGAUGUCUGCUAUGUACGUACCUUCUAUGCUGCCAUGGGACGCACACUCGAAGACCUUCGCCGAUGUUAAUCCGGAUGGCCCCAGCCCGACACCGGCACCCGCACCUGUGGCUAGUGAGGGUGACGCACCCCGCCGUCCUUUCAGGGGCCCGCGGACAUUUGUGGUGAAUAUCAAGCUCGCCGAGACGAUUUCGACGAGCUCCCUAACCGAUUAUUACUCGAACCCGGACGUAAACAUCAUGCCAGUUCUGCAGGCCUUGGACGUGGCUGCGCGACACUUGGGGGCGCAGCGUUUGAUAACUGUGGGUCGCAACUUUUUCUCGAUGAAGAAAACAUUUCCUCUGAAGGGUGGUAAAGAACUGUGCUGGGGCUACCACCAGGCCAUUCGCGUUGCCGACCGCAAGUUGCUUAUGAAUGUGGAUCAGGCUGCCACAGUAUUUUAUGCGCCAAAAGAGCUAAUGGAACUCGUGCUGCCUGCGCUGAACGCGCGUUCGGUCAACGACGUUCGUUCUUUAUCAGAGCGCGACAGUAAAAAUCUGGCACGAGCUUUGCGCAAGAUUGAAGUCGUGCCUACCCACCGUAAGGACCGAAAACGUGCAAUCUUCGGAAUCAGCGCACUUCCAGCCAACGAAACUAUCGUGAACAUCAAGGGUGAAUCGAUGUCCAUCGCUGACUAUUUCGGCAAGAGAUACAACGUGAAUUUACGAUACCCACAUUUGCCGCUGGUGAACGUUGGCAGUAAACGACCGGGCAAGGAAAACUGGCUGCCGAUUGAGUUAUGUGAGGUGGCACCAGGGCAGCGGUGUGCGAAUAUAAACGAGCUAGAUACUGCGGAAAUCAUUCGGCAGACGAGUCAGCCUCCACGCGCUCGUCAAGAAACUAUUAUGGACCAAGUGCGCCAAGCAGGAUUUGAGAACGACCCGUACUUGGCUGCUUUUGGUAUCAAGGUGGAACAGCGUCUCGAAACGGCAAAUGCUCGUGUAAUGGAUCCACCUGACGUGCAGUAUGCGAACGUGUCUGAGCGGCCGUCUGGAGGCCAAUGGAAUUUACGAGACAAGCGCUUUGUGGAUGGUGCUACAAUGCGCAACUGGGGAGUAGUCGUCACUGCCAACGUCGGAGAGCGUGAUGUCCAGAGUUUCAUUCGAACCUUGGUUGAUAUGGCGGGCAAGAGUGGCUUAACGAUUGAAGACAGCAAGCCGCAUACGAUUCACAUUGACCAGCACCGUGGUGCGCAAGUCGAAGAGCUAAUGAAACUAUGUUUUCAGGAGAUGGAGGGGCGCAACAAAGGCCCUCCGCAACUCAUUAUGGUGAUCAAGCAGGACAAAAGCGUUGGAUCUUACGGCGACAUUAAGCGUAUGUCCGACACGGUACUGGGAAUUCCCAGUCAGUGCAUCGUGUCGCAGAAUGUGCGCAGUGCGAAGCCACAGUACUGCGCUAACGUCUGUCUGAAGAUCAACAUGAAGCUGAGCGGAAAGAAUUCGAUCUUGCGGGAGUCGUUACCCUUGGUGAGUGAUGCCCCGACAAUCAUUAUUGGCGCUGAUGUGGAGCACCCUCGUUCGGGCAUGGGCUCACGACCGUCUAUCGCUUCUGUGGUCGCUUCUCUGGAUCGUUACUCAGCAAAGUACGUUGCUCGUGUCGCUGCGCAGAAGGCUUCUAGUGGCAUUCAGCUUCUGCCACAUAUGCUGCGUGACCUCUUUUUGGCGUAUUACCGGAGUACUAGUCGAAAGCCAGAGCAUGUCAUCUACUAUCGUGAUGGUGUGAGCGAGGGCCAGUACUAUGCUAUCUUGCAGACAGAGAUGCGUGCACUUCGGAAGGCGUUCAAGAUGAUCUCGGACGAUUACAACCCACCCGUGACAUUCAUCAUCGUGAACAAGCGCCACCAUAUGCGUGCUUUUCCUGUAAACCCGCGCGAAGCCGAUCGGAAGGGUAAUGUGGUUCCCGGAACGGUGAUUGAUUCUGGAAUCGUGGAUUCGCACCGCUUCGACUUCUUUUUGUACGGCCACAGCGGCAUUCAAGGUACAAGCGUCCCCUGUCACUACACUGUUUUGCACGACGAGAACAAAAUGUCGGCAGAAGACGUGCAGCGUCUCACGUACCAUCUCGGAUACACGUUUGCGCGAUGCACUCGGUCGGUGUCGUUCGCCACGCCCGCUUACUACGCGCAUUUGGCCGCUGGUCGUGCGCGCUUUUUCCUAAACGAAAGCUCUGAUGGCGCUUCUACUGUGGGAUCGCUCAACUCGAGCUCAUCCAAUUUCGACUUCACGGCGCUGCACAACGACCUCAAGAAUUGCAUGUUUUUCAUUUAG